UCAUCUAGUGGUGACAGCAGUACAACUAGGCAUGAACUCUGCCCACUGACUUCUGGAGACACCUAUUUCUAUUCAUAUUCAAAGUUCCUGAAAUGUCUCCCCCAAGGCACAAUUGCAGAAUUUUGUUUUUACUUGCCUUGUUUGUGUUGUGGGUGGGACGCUGACAUUUGAAUGUAGCCUGUUAUCGUUUGUGUAGGUAUGUAUGUAGCCCAGGAAUCUGGUAAUCAAGUCAGGGUUAGGCGGCCUGUCUUUUGUCUGAAGAUUUCAGAACUCACUGUAGGGCUCAGAUACCAGGGUGCAGCGUCCUCCUAGAUCCAGUUCUGGUCCAGGCUGGCAGCGAGCAUGUGGGGAGGCUGUGCAGAGCGGGUCCAGGGCAGCCUGAGACCUAGUGGGAGGGACCGGGCUCACAGAGGCGGGGACACACAACGGGAAACAGCGGCUGGGAGGAUGUGGCGUAUUGGCUGGGAGUAGAAGAGUGGAGUGUGGGUGGGAUUAGGGAGUGACGUAAGCGGAAGCUGGGAAACCUCGUGGGAGAGCGGGGAGGAGUUGGACUGAGGAGGCAAAGGCAGAAGUGUCAAGUGUUCAUUCUCUGUCGUUGCACCGGGCCCUGCACGGUGGGGAGUCCCGUGGUGCAGACCUGGGAGCGGAGGACACGGCGGGGAGUCGCGGGGACACAAAACCUCCCCGGAGCCGCAGUCUCCGCGCGGGGCGGCCUGGGAAAGUCACCAGUCAGCAGCGCAGUGGCGGGAACCAUAGCUUGGCGUUCCUGGUUGCUGCUCGAAUGGAAAGGGAUCCCGGCAGUCGGGAGCCAAGGAAUACCACAAGUCACUGGCUCACUGAUCACCCAGACCUGCUCACCUGUGCAGCAGAACAAAGUGGCCUGGAAGGAGAGAGGAGACAGGAGCUAAGGGUCUAGGGCAGCAACCCAUCUAUUCAUUGUUCCUGAAAGAGAAAGUCAAAGACGAGAAACAGAAAGAAAUGGCUGAUUCUCCAAUAAACAUAUCCCAGGGUCUGUUGACAUUCUGGGAUGUAACUGUAGACUUCUCAAAAGAGGAGUGGGAAUACCUGGACUCUGCUCAGAGGUCUUUGUACACUGAUGUGAUGUUGGAGAAUUACCGCAACCUGGUCUCUCUGGAGAACUAUUGCAAAUGUGAUCCUGUCCAUCAACAUGUGAAGACUGAAAAGGAGUCUUGUCAGUGUAAUGAGCUUGGCAAAGUGCUUCAUGAUCCCUCUACAUGUGCACUUUAUAGAACAAGUGAAAUUACAGAAAACUCUAAUAACUACACAUGCAGUAAUCACAGGGAUGCCUCUAUUGACUCAUCAAACCCAGACAGACAUGAAAGCAUGCACACUGGAGAAGAACAUUGCAAAUCUAAAGACUGUGAGAAAUCUCUAGAUUUCUGUCCCAAUAUUCCUCAAGAUCAGAGACACUACACUGCAAAGAAACAUAAUCGUCGGAGAGAAUAUGAUGACUGUUUUGGCUCUACAUACAAUCUUAUAAAACAAAUAAUCUGCAUUGGAGAGACACCACACCAGUGUGAGAAAUGCAGAAAGAAACCCUACAAGUGCAACAUUUGUGACAAAUCCUAUAACCAGAGUGCAAGUCUUAAAGCACAUCAAAGACUUCAUACUGGGGAGAAACCUUACAGAUGCAAGGAGUGUGGAAAGUCAUUUCGCCUGUUGGUAGUACUUAAGAACCAUCAGAAAUUACAUACUGGAGAGAAGCCUUACAAAUGUAAGGAAUGUGACAAAUCCUUUCCUGUAAAGUCAACUCUUACAAAGCAUCAGAGAAUUCAUACUGGAGAGAAACCCUACAAGUGCGAUGUUUGUGACAAAUCCUUUAAUCAGUGUUCACAUCUUAAAAUACAUCAAAGACUCCAUACUGGGGAGAAACCUUACAAAUGCAAAAAUUGUGGAAAGAUGUUUCAUGACUUAUCAGCACUUCAUAGCCAUCAGAAAAUGCAUACUGGAGAGAAGCCUUACAAAUGUAAGGAAUGUGACAAAUUCUUUUCUCUAAAGUCAACUCUUACAAAACAUGAGAGAAUUCAUUCUGGAGAGAAACCCUACAAGUGCAACGUUUGUGACAAAUCCUUUACUCAGUGCUCAAGUCUUAAAACACAUCAAAGAAUUCAUACUGGGGAGAAACCUUACGAAUGCAAAGAAUGUGGAAAGUCAUUUCCUCAAUUAUCAGCUCUUCAAAGCCAUCAGAAAAUACAUAAAAAGAAAAGGCAUGCUGGAGAGUAGCUUUACAAAUGCAAUGAGUGUGACGGAUCCUGUAGACACUACUCAUCAUUUAGAAGGCACCAGAAAAUUCAU